AUGUCUGUUAUGGGCAGCGGACCUAGCUACGCCAUGUGGGCGGCUCAAAGGGCGGCCGGCUUCGGCGGCAACAUGACCGUCGUGGACAAGGUGCCACCCGACAUGCUGCAUAUGGUGGACGCGUACUGGUACCAGUUUCCUCCCAUGAACCCACUAUGGCACGGCAUCCUGGGCUUCACGAUAGGCGUUUUGGGCUUUGUUUCCAUUAUGGGCAACGGCAUGGUCAUGUACAUAUUCAGCGGCACGAAGGCCCUGAGAACACCCUCCAAUCUGCUGGUGGUGAAUCUGGCCUUCUCGGACUUUCUCAUGAUGGUUACCAUGUCGCCGGCGAUGGUUAUCAACUGCUACUACGAAACGUGGGUCUUAG